AUGAAAUCAAAAAAGAAGACCGCCUCUCGCAAGGAUGACCAGGCCGCUGCGACCACUCAUUCGUCCAGACAUCGUCGGGGUCAGAAAGAUGUGGCCGCGCUGCUGCACUCCACGCCCUCCAGAAGAACGCGCGCAUCGCGCAAGGCGCAAAAGCCGUCGAGCACUGGCGCGAACGUGACGCCGACGCCGACGCCGACGCCACUGGAGGGGCACGGCGCGGUGCCGCCGCCGCUUCAAGUACAAGUCUACCCGACACCGUUCUUCGGCCAGCUGCCCGUCCACCAGACGUACCUGAUGCCGUCGCCGCAGCAGUCGCCCGUCACGUAUUUGGCCGUCGGCGACGUUGGCAGCGUAGGAAGCGAGGCCAGCCUCUCGACGUCCGCCGAGGCUGAAGCCGUCCUCAUGUUGCCCAGGCCGGGUGACAUGACGAACGGCGCGGGCAUGUUGUACGGGGAACAGGUCGGUGAAGGGGCAGUGCCUUGCAGCUACCCUGCCCUGGUGGUGCGGGGUCGGCCCAAGGCUGCCCUGCGUUACUCGGAACCGAGCUAUGAUGCCACGGCCACAACUACUGCCACCACCAACAGCGACUGGCCGGCGCGGCGCAGAGUCAUUCCCGACGCCCGCAACAUCAGGCCUGGUAAUGUUGUCCAGCUUAAAGGUAUCCUUAACUUGAAAGGCCAACGCGCAGCCGACAACGGCAUUGCAGGCGUAGGACCGGAGCCUCUGCUGUGCAUGUAUCAGUGCACCGAGAACAUGGCGAACGAGACGGCGCCGAUGCCGGACGAGUUCUGCGACCUCGUCUACUACCAGCUGGACGAGAGGUACACCUUUCUGGAGUGGCCCAAUUCCACCUGCAUACGGCAGCUCGUGCUCACUGCCUCGGCAUCGAAGACGCGCAAGUACGGCAUCACCGUGCACAGCACGCAAGGCGACGAGUCGUCGGAACAACUGAAGACUUCCACCGGUGUGACACAAUUUAUUAAGCUUUGGAAAAAUAACGUGAGACACCACGGGCUCACGUUUGUCAGCGGCACAUACGGCACGUUGAACACGCUCGCACGCUUCAACCUCAACAUUCUGGGCCGCUUCAAGUCACUCCAGGUUGCAGCAAACUCAAUGACCGGCCAAAGGGGCCACCGCCGAUACGUGCUAUUGGGCAUACAAGCGUGGUUCGCAAACUUUUCCGCGGAAAAAGUUGCCCUCGCUGCUGUCCUCAAGAAAAUUUCCAUGUCGCAGCCAGUAAACCUGCUUGUCGUGUACACCCACAUCUGGCACUGGCCCACUACGCAGUGCAUCGUCUCCGGGCCGACCAUUCUGAGCAACAACUUGCACGUGCCCCUCCCCGCUAUGGACACAACCGUGGAGUUGGUGAACGCGGCGGAGAUCCCCAAAUACGUGACCGUGCUGUUGUCGCUGAGCGCGAUAGUGUCCCGUUUCAUAAUGGAGUCCGGUUGGGACACUGUGGCGAUGUACGGAAGCCAAUGCGUCGACCGAGAAGCCGUGCCUUAUUCUAACGUCUGCGAUGGAACCAACGUUUUGAAUCCAGGCAUAGUACCGGAAGCCAGUGUGGCCAUUGCACACGUCUACAAGGAAAACGGAGUGACUCAGGCCACAUACGAAACAGCGGACACGAUUAAACCCAAGGUCGACUACGCCUACCGGUACCUGGGUCGCAGGAACUUCGGCUGGGCCAUUCACUAUCUCAUCGGAGGCAAGCUGAACGAUUCUUGCCCCCAGCUUGGCAUGGACGGAGAGGACGUUGUCGCAACCGCCGUUCUGCAGACUAAGAAGUCUUGGAGACGGUGGCGCUGGAUGUUCCCGCUUUGA